UGUUUUUGUUUAGAGACUGUGACCCAUCUCCAUUACUGUUUCUGUCUCUCUCUUCUCUCUCUCUACACACAAAAGUAGAAAGUCGAAGAAGAAAGAACGGGUUUGUAGUUGGUGGUUGCGUUUCUUUCUCGUAAAAUUUCAUCUUCUCUUUUUUUUUUUUUUUUUCUUGUUUCUCUCUACGCGCCAACAGAAUCCUACGCCUCUUCUUCUUCGUCUUCUCCGUUUUUGUUUGUUUUAUUUCCGGGGUUGAAACUGAUUCUGAGAUCCUCCUACCUUUUGAUUGAUCUGUCUCCUGACGAAGAAGAAACGAGAGAGAGAGGCUUUUGAUGAUUCUCGUGUUUCUAGUCUCUUUCUCAAUCACUGUUUGAUGGAUUCGGAUGUAUAAAUAAACAACCACAUCUCUCUCUCUUUUUUUUUUCUGCGUGUGUGGUGCCAAUAGAAAAAAUCUACGUAGAUCUGUUCCUUUUUCUCGUAAAACUUUUGGGGUUAAAUAACUGUACAAAUAUUAAAAGAGAGAAAAGAGUUUUUUUUUUCUUCUUCUUCUUUGAAGACUCAACAAAGGGUCAGACUCAGACCCAGAAGUCUUACCUUACCUUUUCUUUGGUCAGCUUUGAAAGGCUUGAUUUUUUUUUUUUUUCCUUUCGUUCAUUCAAUUUUGGUGAUUUGGGUUUAAGAAUCACUGCUGUGUGUUGUCAGUUGAGAAAUUAUUUUGACCAGUAGAGUUGUUGCAGAAAGUAGCUGAAACUAAGAAAAGAGGUUUGUUCUUCUUACAGUUGAAUCAUCAUUUGCUCUUUGUGGUGAUCAUUGGGAUCUAAAAAGGGGUUGUUCUUCCAGAGACCUUUCAUCAUUGCUCUUUGUGGUGAUAAUUGGGAUCUAAAGCUUCAAUCUUUCUCGCUGGAGAACCGUGGGUGUGAUUGUACCAUUGUUGGUCUGGAGUGCCUUCUUAAUAUAAUCAGGGCCCUGAGAAUGGGGUCCUGUUUAUCUGCAGAGAGCAGGAGCCCUAUACCAGGCUCUCCUUGCUCCCCUGCGUUUGGUGUGAGGAAGAGGAAGAACUCGAAGAAGAGACCUGGUUCCAGGAACUCGUCCUUUGAUUACAGGAGAGAAGAGCCGUUGCAUCGGGUUCCGGGUCGGAUGUUCUUGAAUGGAUCAAGUGAUGUUGCUUGUAUCUUCACUCAACAAGGCAAGAAAGGGCCUAAUCAAGAUGCCAUGGUUGUUUGGGAGAAUUUUGGUUCGAGGACAGAUACAAUCUUCUGUGGAGUGUUUGAUGGGCAUGGUCCAUAUGGUCAUAUGGUUGCAAAGAGAGUCAGAGACAACCUUCCUCUCAAAUUAAGUGCUUAUUGGGAAGCGAAAGUGUCAGUUGAAGGUGAUCUAAAGGCGAUCACCACCGUUAAUAAUGCUAGCAGCAUCAACAACUCUGAAGAUGCUGCGGCUUCUUUUGUAUCCGCUGAAGAAGAACCUAGGCUACCCGUUGACAUGGAAGAGGAGAACACGGAAGAGUCCCAUUCUGAAUUGUUUCAAACUCUGAAAGAGGCGUUUCUUAAGGCUUUCAAAGUGAUGGAUAGAGAACUUAAAUUCCACGGAAGUGUUGACUGUUUUUGCAGUGGGACAACGGCUGUGACUUUGAUCAAGCAGGGUCAAUAUCUUGUCGUUGGAAAUGUCGGAGACUCAAGAGCUGUGUUGGGCACAAGAGACAGUAAAAAUGCUCUUGUUGCUGUUCAACUAACUGUGGAUCUCAAGCCAAAUCUCCCAGCCGAGGCAGAGAGAAUAAAAAAGUGUCGUGGACGGGUAUUUGCUCUUAGAGAUGAACCUGAAGUUUGUAGAGUUUGGCUGCCAAACUGUGACUCGCCUGGACUUGCAAUGGCACGUGCUUUUGGAGACUUUUGCCUUAAAGAUUUUGGUCUAAUCUCUGUGCCUGAUGUGUCUUUUCGUCGAUUAACCGAAAAAGAUGAGUUUAUAGUGUUGGCUACAGAUGGGAUUUGGGAUGUUCUCUCAAAUGAAGAUGUAGUGGCGAUUGUAGCUUCAGCACCAUCUCGUUCCUCUGCAUCGAGAGCUUUAGUCGAGUCUGCGGUUAGAGCUUGGAGAUACAAAUACCCGACCUCCAAAGUCGAUGACUGUGCUGCAGUUUGCUUGUAUCUAGACUCCAACAACACAAACGCCAUAUCUACAGCUUCUUCCAUCUCCAAACUAGAAGAGGAAGAAGAGGAAGAACUAAAAACCACGACUGAGAAUGAUGAUGCAUCAGGACCAAGCAAUCUAGGCCGUUCGAGUACUGUCAGGACCGGGAAAGAGAUUGCUCUCGACGAAAGUGAAGCGGAAAAGCUGAUAAAGGAAGAGGAUAACUUGGAUUCAGAACCUGGAACAGAGUAUUCUGCACUAGAAGGUGUUGCAAGAGUUAAUACACUUUUAAACUUACCAAGAUUUGUGCCUGGAAAGUGAAAAGAGAAAGAAGAGUUUGAAGUGAAGAAACUGAGUGGUGAUAAAUCAAUCAAAUAAAACACCCAAGAGAAGGUACUGUGUCUUUUUAUCUGUUCUUUUUUUUUUUUUUCCAUUUUCACCUUCCUACAUUGAUCUCUUAUUCUUUUUUGGAAGUCAAGAUUCAUUGGUUUUGGAACAUAAAUUUUUGUCAGUUUUGUCUAUUAUUUAUGUCUUUCUUUCU